AUGGCCACCAGAAGAGUCGAAGCCUUCCUCUUCCCACUUCUCCUCCUGCUCCUCUCCUCCAGCUGCCUCUUGGCUUCAUCCUCCAGAUCUGAUCCAGAGAAAAAGCGUUGCGCCAUGGAGUGCAGAGGCAUUCCGGAGCAGCAGCAGAGGAAGCUAUGCACUCCGUGGGAUAAACUAGGGAGGGUAUUUCGGAGCCAGAGGAAGGGGGGAAUCAUAAAGAUAACCGAGGAUCAAAUCAGAGCAUUGAAUGAAUCCAAAACCGAGAGUUGGCCUUUUGGACUCUCAAAUGAGCCAUACAAUCUGCUGGAGAACAGCCCUUCUCAUUCGAAUGAGCACGGUCAACUACACGAGGCCACAGGUAACGAGUGCGAGAUGCUCCAGGAUCUGAAUGUGGACGUAUCCAUUGCUAACAUUAGCGAGCGAUCAAUGAUGGCUCCAAACUACGACACCCGGUCGACCAAGUUGGCCAUGGUGGUGGAAGGAAGAGGCUACAUCGAGAUGGCUUGUCCCCACCGCUCCGCCGAGCGACGCAGAACCCAGGAGGAGACGGGAUCCCAAGGGGAGCAGCGCGUCCGCUAUCGGACCGUGAGAUCGCGAGUCUCCCGUGGGUCGGUGUUCGUGAUCCCCGCAGGGCACCCGGCGGCAGUCGUGGCCGCUGCUAACGAAAACCUUCAGGUCCUCUGCUUCGGGAUACGGUCGGAGAACAACCGGAGGUACUACCUCGCGGGGAGGAACAACGUGCUGAACAGACUCGACAGGGCGGCGAAGGCGAUGGCCUUCGGCGUCCCGGCGGAGGAAGUGGAAGAGGUGCUCAAUGCGCAGCCGGAGAGCGUGUUCAUGCCCGGUCCGGAGCGCCGGCGGGAAGAAGAAGAGAAGUGGCGGCAGAUUAUCUUCAAAUAUGCCGGGUUUUGAGUGAGCUGUAGAGCUUGUGGGUAGGGAAUCCUGUUUAGGUGAACGAGGAUUAGUGCGAAAAGGAUAAAUUGGGGCACGGACAAGUGCUUCUGCAGUUCGAAUAAAGAAGUCACAUACUUUGCGUGCUCCAACAUGUGUUUCUACAUGUUGUUUAGGUGAUCAAAUCCGCUUCUACAGUUUCCGCUGCUCUUCCCACUUCAGCU